AUGCCAGAGGACAGCGGGCUCCGGGACGUGACCGAGGGCCGCGGCCUCCUGGACAGCGCCCCGCGCUUCUCCCUGCUGCCCACCUACCUGCCCGUGAGCUUCCGCGUGGACGCCGACGCCGCCUUCUUCCUGCGGGAGGCCAACCAGGACGUGAUGCGCAACGCCAGCCUGCAGGCCCGCGUGGAGUCCUUCCUGGUCCUGCGCGCCCGGCGGCCGCCCGCGCUCAGCGCCCGCUACGGGCCCUUCUCUGCGCAGCAGGCGGUGCCCCGGGACCUGCUGCUGCCCGCCGGCCCUCCUGGCCCUCCGGGCGCGCCCCCGCUGGGCUGGAAGCUGCGGGCCCACGUCCUGCGGGACCAGAUCGACCCGGGCCGGCCCGUCGCGCAGGUCCUGUUCCACGUGCUGGGCCGGGACUGGGCGGAGCCGGACCCCGCCGCGCCGCUGCCCUGCCUGCGGGUGUACGCCUUCCGGGAGACGCGGGAGGUCAGGGCCAGCUGCCGGCUGCGGGGCGCGCUGGGGCUGUGCGUGGCCGAGCUGCGGCUGCCGCCCGGCUGGUUCAGCGCCCCCGCCGUGGUGGCCGGGAGGCGGCGGCCCGCGGGCCCGGCCGAGGGGAGCCCCGUGGAGCUGUACUACACGGUGCACGCGGGGGGCCCGCCUCCCGGGGGCCGCGGGGACUGCGUCCGGGCGGAGCCGGGGGCCAGCGGCGGGGGUCGCGGGGACCCGGGCGACGCGGACGAGGCGGGGCCGCCCCUGCAGAGGAUCGGCAGCGUGUUCCUCCUCCCCGCGCCCCGCCGGCCGCCGCUGCGGGAGCUGCGCCUGGACGACCACGUGGCCGUCCGCUACCCGCCGCGGAGGGCGCGGCCGGGCGAAGUGCUCACCUUCCCGGUCUCCGUCUCCGGCAACUGCACGCAGGACCGGUUCACCCUGAGGGCCAAGGCGCAGAGGGGCGUGCGCAUCGCCGCGGUCAGAGCCAGCAGCCCGGCCGUCUGGGAGGUCCAGGCGAGCGCGGACCGGGCCGGCAGGGUGGCCCCCGCCGUCAUCGUCUGCCGCAGGAGGUCCCCCGGCCCCGCACACGGGGCCGCCGGCGCCCCCGAGGAGGUCAUGCAGAUUGACGUGGAAGUCGAAGCGCCCAGCGACCCGCCGGCCACGCAGCUCGUCACGUGGCAGGUCGAAUAUCCGGGGGACAUCACGUCGGACUUGGGCGUCUCCAAGAUUUACGUGAGCCACAAGGACUUGGUCGGCAUCGUCCCCCUGGCCAUGGAGGCGGAGGUCCUGAACACGGCGGGCCUCACGGGGAAGGCGGUGGCCGUGCCGGUGAAGGUGGUCUCGGUGGAGGAGGACGGCACCGUGACCGACCUGCUGCGGGCCGUGGAGUGCAGGUCGGCCGACGAAGGCGUCAUCAAGGUGUCCGACGGGUGCGACCACGUCUUCGUCAACGGGAAGGAGAUGAAGGGCAAGGUGGCGGCGGCCGUGACCUUCGCCUACCAGCACCUGAGCGCGCCCCUGGCGAUGACGGUGUGGGCGCCCCGGCUCCCGCUGCACAUCGAGGUCUCGGACGCCGAGCUCAACCAGAUCAAGGGCUGGAGGGUGCCCGUCGCCCCCAACAGCAGGCCAGCUGGGGACAGCGAGGAAGAGGAAGAGGAGGAGAGGCGGGGGCGGGGCUGCGCCCUGCAGUACCAGCACGCCAUGGUGCGCGUCCUGACGCAGUUUGUGGCCGAACCAGCUGACCCUGGGGGCCCCCUGGCCCACCUGCUGGGCUCCGACUGGCAGGUGGACGUCACGGAGCUGGUGCGUGAGUUCAUGCAGGUGGAGGAGCCCCGGAUCGCCCGGCUGCAGGGCGGGCAGGUGCUGGUGGGCCAGGAGCUCGGGAUGACGACCCUGCAGGUCCUGUCGCCCCUGUCGGACGCCAUCCUGGCUGAGAAGACCAUCACCGUGCUGGACGAGAAGGUCGCCGUCACCGACCUGGGGGUGCAGGUGGUGGCCGGCCUGUCGCUCUCCCUGCAGCUCAGCCCGGGGAGCAACAGAGCCAUCUUCGCCACGGCCGUGGCUCAGGAGCUGCUGCAGCGGCCCCAGCAGGAGGCGGCCCUCAGCUGCUGGGUGCAGUUCAGCGACGGCGCCGUCACGCCCCUGGACAUCUACGCGGCGGGAGACUUCUCGCUGACGGCCACCUCCGGGGACCAGCAGGUGGUCUCCAUCCGCCAGGACCCCGACUCCAAGUGGCCCGUCCUCGUCGCGGAGUCCGAGGGGCAGGGCGCCCUGGUCAGGGUCGAGAUGGCCAUCAGCGAGUCCUGCCAGAAGUCCAAGCGGAAGGGCGUGCUGGCCGCGGGCACCGCCGCCGUCAGGGUGAAAUUCGGCCAGACCGACGCCGCCCACCCCAACACCAGCGCCAGCAGACACGCGGGGGCGGGCGCGCACCUGGAGACGCAGGGCAGUGACCGGCGGCCCCGCAGGCCCCCGCAGGAGCGGGACGGGCCCGAGGGCACGGCGCUCAGCAGCGCGUCUGCUUCCGUGGGCCCCGCGGCAGGGAGGGGGCCCACGACCACGGAGAGGUCGGCCUUGCGGAGGAACCAGGGCUGGGAGGGCCUCUCCGAUGGCCGGGGCAGCCUGCAGACCGUCCCCACCCACCUCCCCGGCUUCCCAGCCCAGGCCGAGCCCCCCGGGAGCCAUGGCGACGCGGACGCGGACGCGAGCGACCUCGCGCAGGCCUCCAAGGGGAUGAGCGACCUGGAGAUCGGCAUGUACGCGCUGCUGGGCGUCUUCUGCCUGGCCAUCCUCGUCUUCCUGGUCAACUGCGCCACCUUCGCCCUCAGGUACCGGCGCAAGCAGGUGCCCUUGGAGGAGCAGGAGGGGCUGAGCCACGCCCACGACUGGGUGGGGCUGAGCCAGGGGGCGGAGCUGCUGGAGAGCCGCCUCCACUUCGCCCCGGACGAGCCCAUCAGCACCACGGACAGGGGCCUGGACCUGGAGGAGAGCAAGUACCUGCUCAGUACCCAGAACAGCGCCAACGGGCAGCUGUUGUGCGGACCCGCGGGCAACCACCACCGGAGCGACGGGGAGAGCGAGCCACCCACGUCCCCCACCUCCAAGAGGAGGAGGGUGACCUUCACCACCUUCACCUCCGUCUCCUCCCCGGAGGACAGGGGCCCCGCGUGCGCCCCAGGGACGGGCGGUGAGGGAGGCUCGGGCUGGGUCUGCCCGGCCCUGGACGCCGGGGAGCAGGGCGCAUGCGGCUACGUGGAAGGGAUCCUCCGGGAUGACGCGUAG